CGAUGACUUACUGUAUACCUAACAGAUCAGUCAAAAGUAAAGCCGAAAUUUGAAUUAUAAUUUUGAUUUGCAUGAUGCAUAAAAUAGGAACCAUUAAUUACCUUCUUUUAGGACGUGGUUUCAUUUCUUCAGGAGGAACAGGAUGUAACAUGAUUUUGUUAGGAUGUUGAGGGCAAAUAUAUCACCAGUACGAUUAAAGGCCGUACAAGCAAUCGGACCUCCGACGUUGGGAUAACUCUUUAAACGUUGAUGACUGUCCUUGUCCCAAUAGCUAAAGGUACCGUCUGAUCCAGCUGUAGAAAAUGUUCCGUAUUGGGGAUGGAAGGCUAUAGAAUUCACACUGUAAACAUCGGAUGUUCCCGUUCCCUGUGUGCGGUGGCAUCUAAAACUAAAGUUUUCUUUUUGAAUCUUUUCAUCCAGGUUUUGAAUUGCACACCUUCCUUCAACACUACCUAUUGCAUAACCGUCGGCUUUGGCAAAACAUGCGAUACUUCGAGUUUGAAAUUUCAAAGGACUCAUAGCUACUUUAAAUAUCUUUGUAGGUUCAGAGAGAUUCACGACACAAACGUUUCGCUCAGCAGUACCGAUAACAAGCAAAGGAUGAACAGAAUCCAUGGUAUAAACUCGUUCAGGAAGAUUAACGGUAGCAAUAGGAGCUGGCUGACGAAGAUCCCAGUACUUUAAAGUUUUGUCCCAGGAACCUGUAGCUAAAAUAGGGGUACUACCGAUGUUCUCAACGAAACGGACGCAUCGGAUAGUAUCGUCAUGAGCAGCAACCUGUUGGUUCUGUCCUGUUUGAAUAUCGAAGACUUUUGCUGAUUUAUCGGUACUUCCAGAAGCAAGUUUCGUUCCAUCACGCGACCAAUGAACACUCAAAACAGGACCUUGAUGGUCAUAUAAGGCUUUACCUACUGAUUGACCAGUCGAUUGAACUUCAUAAAUACGAACCUUGCUAUCCCUAUUAUGUGUUAAAAUAGAGUUCUAGUUCAAAGCAUUGUAUACGUCCGAUAAUUGAGUGAAAGCAUAGAAAACCUUCCAAACAUGGUGUAAAUAAAAUCAUCAAUUGCUAGGAUGCAAAUGCAUUAGAAAUCCUAGAAAUCCUUGUGUUUUAUUUGUACACGAUCAUGCACAGUAUAUGGUCACGACAAUAAUUGUACUUCCAUGCUCAACUCUUCAUUAGGCUACAGGACAAACAGAACACUGUUAUGUAUCUUAUAAUUUUUAAACAUACCAAGAGGAAGCAGCCAAAUAAUCUGCCUGAGGUGAGAAUGCCAAGUCUGAAAUUGAAUCUUCUGGAGGUUGUGGAACCUUUAUUUGUCAGUGAUUUUUGAUUCUACUUUAAAUUUUAGCAUACCUCAACAUCUGAUUUAAGGUCACCUGUUGCAGAAGAAACAGUUGGUGUAGUAGCUUGACCAAAAAGCGACAUUUUAUGAUUUUGGCGGUUGGCAGAGUAUCUUCGUCGACCUGGUUCACCAACAUAAGAGAAAUGUUUUGAAGCUUCCCAAAGAAACACAACUUCCUUUGAUUUUUUAUAAACUUUGCAUUUCUUCUUUUAUAUUUUAAUCUUUAUUGCUAUAGAAUACUCAGCUGGCUCUGGCUCGAAAGCGUAUUCGGCUGCAUAUGACUAAGUCCACUAAUUUACAAUAAGUUGAUUUUUAUUAUUUUUCAUUUUUUUAAAUAUUCCUUUUUUGUUGAAAUAAAAUAUAAUGAACUCCAAAUGGAUUCCUGCAGGGUUGGUACAAGAUGAAACGCCAGACACAAUCGCUCAAUGUGUUUUGGAAGCUUAUGAACGUCUUCCAGCUCAUGGAAAACCUAUUGUAAGGGCAAAUGGAGUUCAUGAAUGGACUACCUUGGCUGGUGUUGUCCUAGAAGAUAUGAAUGCAAGAAAAUUCACCUGUAUUAAUUUAUCAACCGGCGUCAAAUGUACACCAAUCUCAAAAAUCGAGACAAAUCAAUUUGGUAGCAUUUUACAUGACUGUCACGCUGAGGUAUUGGCUUUACGGUGCUUUAAUCGAGUUUUAUUAGAACAUUGUAGAUUAUACAACGAUGAACCGAGUAAAGCAUGGCUCCUUGAAAAGAAAGACGGGGGAAAGUUUUGUUUACGUCGAAAUUUGAAACUUCAUCUAUAUGUUUCAGAAUGUCCGUGUGGUGAUGCAAGUAUGGAGCUAUUAGCAAACAGCCUAGAAAACAGCGAACCUUGGAACCUGAAAUCGUUAGCAGAUCAGCCCAUGCGUGGCCGGGCAGACUUUGGCCAAGUGGGUAUUGUGCGAACUAAACCCGGCCGUGCUGAUUCUCCUUUCAGUUGGAGUAAAAGCUGUUCAGACAAGCUUUCAUCCAAACAGUUUUUAUCCAUUUUGAAUGCACAAACAAGUUUGCUUAUUGAGCCAAUAUACAUAACUUCCUUGGUGCUUCCGGAAAACGUGGUUAUCCAGACUUCAAUGAAAAGAGCGUUCGGGCCCUCCGGUCGAUGUAUGGGACUCAUAAAUCAAGCCUCUGGAGAUUAUAAAUUUCAUCCUUUUCAAGUAUUAACAACGAAACUACGAUACCCAUUCUCGAAAAUGGUUAAACCAGGUAUGCGUACCGCAACUAGUACAAGCGUUCUAAUAUGGCUCGGAGAUCAAAUGAACUCGACUCAGGUUAUCCAUAAUGGUAUUUUAGCUGGUAAAAAGGCAAAGGAUACUGAGCGCUCGCAAACAAUAAUUUCCAAAAAGGCUAUGAUGCGCACUUUUCAAAAUGUUGAGCAAGUUAAUUCGGAGCUAAGUAAUUAUGAGAGUUGGAAACAAGCAAAUACUGAUCGAGAAGGAGCUAAGAUAUUGGUUCGGAAUGUUUUGAAGCCUUGGAUUUGCAAUGGAGGGGAUGACUUUGACUGGAUGUCAUAGUGUUCAUUACUGACAAACUAGAUAUAAAAGAAGCAAAAUGUUCAGUUUAAAUUUUUAUUCUUGAUGAAAGUGAACAACAGCUGUAAAUUAGAAAUCAAGCAGUACAAUCAAAGAUUGUGAAAAGAACGUGAACAUAAUAUAUAUAAAUAUAUGUAUAUAUGGACCAAAAAAAUAAUUAAAAUAUGGAUAACGUAGUAAAUAGAAAACACGUACGGAAACUAAAGUCGAGGUAAGGGGAACAACACAAAGAGAAAAUGACAUACGUUGUGAAAUUAGGAAGCAUUUCUUAUGUGUAUAUUUACCUUAGCAUUCCAAAAUCAGAUAAACGUCUUUUUGGAGCAUGCAUUUGGACAGGUGUGCUAUUGUAAAUGCUUUGAUUUUUGUAAGAUGUAUUUUCGGAUGAAUUUUCGGGCGUGUUUGUGAUAGAGAUUGGUGUAGGAGGUCCUGUAAAGGAGUUGCUAGCUGGCGACUUCCCAGGAACUUUGUAAGCCUUUAACGGAGUGGAAUAGCUUUUAGAAAGAGACCGGGGACGAAUUCGUUUGGGUGUGCGAUCAUUAAGAAGGGACACGCUUCUGGUCAAUUUGCCAUGGCGAGCCCAAAGGGAAUGAGAUGAAGAUGAUUUCGAAAUAGGGUGAUGAGGGAUUUUCAAAGGAGAUGGAGUUUGAUUAUUAGCAACAAGAUCAUCCAGGCCAGAUGAUUGAGGAGUAAAGAGAUUGCGCGUUUGAGUGUUCCUGGGAUUAGAGUGUGUUAUCUUGGUAGGCGAGUCAUCCGUACAAAAGCUAUCUUCACAGAACUGAGGGGAAGGUACAGGAUUAAAAGGAACCGUUUUCUGUUUCCAGACGGAGGUGAUACAAGGUGUGUUGGGUAAAUGAUGGAGCUUGGUUUUUACAACGAUAGGUAAAUCACGCAAAGGGGAAUAUAGUUGGUUGACUUCAACUUUGUACAUGGCCAAUUGCAAGCGCAAUCGAAGAUUUUCAGCACAGGUUUUUAUAUCAUGGGAUCUUGUGGGACAUUCAGUAGAUUCGGCUACGUUUUCUUCUGUUUCAACAUCUGCGGCCGUAUCUGCUUCUUGGUCAAACAAAGGACGUUUUUUGCAAGGAACAGAUUUCGUUUCUUUACUUUCAUGGUCUUUGAGUGCACACCGUUCACUCAAAGGAGAUUUGUGCUCUCCUAACGGCAAUAUGUCCUUAUGAGGUCGAAUAGAAUUGAAAGAAACUGAUCCUGGAGCCGCGUUUUCCUUGCCUGGAGCUGUUUGUAAAGGUGUGACAGGAAGAUUUGCCUCCAUAUCUUCUUCUUGAGCAUUGAUUUCUCCUAAAGCAGUUCGGGUUUCCCCAUCUGGAUGCCUGUGCUUGGGCGUUGAAGGCUUCAAAAAUGAGUCCAUUCUGGUUCAAUCCCUCCUUAUCAGGUCAAACAAAGACAAUUUCAAUAAAUAAGAAAAUCCCAAGUAUAUAUUUUACGAGAAGUGCACACAAUGCUGUUUCAACAAAAUUCGCCCAAGAUACAGCGUUGACGAUGUUCAGUAUAUAUACGAAGACGCAACGCGUCGCGCUUCAAGCAGCGCGCUACUGAAGAUUUGGCGUUUCGUGUGCGCGAGGCGACUCGUAGUUGUUACCCAGGCACGAGUAACAGUACGCAUCGCGCGCGUUUUUUGAAGCAUAAACAAACCACCAAGUAUGAAAAAAUAAAUAAACAAUAAAUACAAGAGCGCGUUUGUCAAAUCAUAACAGAUCAGAGACAAGACAAAAUACUAAUUGAGAUACUUGUUCGAUCCAUUUCGGCUAUGAAUGGAAUGUUAGAUCAAAUUCCAAGGUGCGAUGGAGACGAAGAACUCGUUUAACAGCUGGUCGUAUUCGAAAAAGAAUAAUCCUUACGGAAAAGAGCUUUAUGUACGUAUUCUAAGCUUCUAUAAAAAAUAAAAGAAUUAUUCGAUCUCAAGGAUUGGAAAUAAAGCGCAAUUUUAGUUCGUUAUGUACUACCAAUUUUCCACGAAACCGGUAGAUGCUUGACGGUAUUUAAUGAGAAAUAGAUAAACAAAGUACAAUUUAAAGUAAGUGUUUCAAUAGGUUUGACAAAGAAUUAUAGGAAUUUGAAAUGUCGUAUGGAAUUUACCAUUGAGUGUCUAAAGUCACUUAUACUGGUAAAUCGCAUUUUGAGUUAAUAUUCUCAUUCGUUUUUUAAACAUCUUAGUCAAAGAGCAUUUUCUUUUACUAUAUCUUCUCAAUCUUGUACAUAGCCAAGUAUGUGACACAAAACAAAUGAACCUAUGAACGCAAUGCAAUAGCUUACUGCAUCUUCUUUGAAUGAAUUGAUGCCUACUUUUGGAUGGAAUUUAAUUAAUUGGUUUCAUUUAUUUGGAUUAUAAUUCCAAUGUGGGGUUUACUAAAUUAUCGCAUGAACGAUAAGACGCUUUUGUUUCUUUUCGUUUUAUUUUUUUUAAGUGUUGAGUUAACAAAGGUCAGACUUUGAGUCUACAAAAUUGUUGAUAGAUUUCAAGUUCUCGUCAGACUACUAGGAAUAAAUAUGAGAUGGAAAAAAGGUACGAAGAUUUCGCUGAUGUUUAUUUGGAAUCAAAUUAUCGACUAUACCUCAAGGUAUCUAACCCAACUUUGAUCCUAUAUUUAUGGUCCCAAUCAUGCAUGUUAGCAAGUUAAUUGAUGUAAAUUUGAUCUUCAUGAGCAUAUGUUCUGUUUUUUACUGAAGUGUCUCGAUCUGUAUGCUCCACAAACAUCACCACAUAGAAUAAUGAUGUUUCAAAGAUGAUGCAUUCCUUUAAAGACUUUUACCAUCUAUCUGUUUUCUUACUUCAGAUUUUACAAUACAUGUUUUCAUCGAACAUUCUGACAUCUUCUUUACGCAACAAGAAGAAAUUCAAGCACUUUAGUCUUUCAUAACUGACAACAGCCAUCGUUUCUAUUAGUUGCAAACGAAAAAUUGACAUCUCUUUGUUUGUACCAUGUACACGGCUUAAAAUGUUUUUGUAUCUCUAAAUUCAAAUUUAGUUCUUUUUUUUCAGUCAUUUAUUUACAUUAUAACGAUGGAUUUAUGUCAAUUGUUCCUUAGUAAACAAAAGAAGGAUUACGUUGAUAAAUAAAAAUCAGGACAUUGAAAUGAAUGUAUGUAGACAAACAAUUUGACCUUUUUAGGAAUUACAUUAAAAAAAUUCGUCGUAAUAAAAAUCUGAUGCUUGCUUUCCUUGAUGGAAAUGACUAGUCUCAAAAGAAUGUGAACACAAGACAUCAUAUCAUCAAAUCAAUUUUUCUUAAACCAAC